AUGCGGUUCAAACACGUUGACUUAAUAAUAGCUUCACUGAGUAAUGUUACUGCCCAAUGGUAUACGCCAGGCGAACCGUGGUCAAAUUCAACUCCUUCGGCUACUAUCUCAUGUGGCACUACUGACCUUACUUCCGCCUUCGGUAUCGCCGUAAAAACAAUUGCAACAGCCUCUGCCGAGGUUAAGAGAGACCUUAUCUCUCAAAUCGCUGAUGGCCAAAUUCAAGCCACUGCUGUACCUACUAAUACUGCAUCCAUUUUGAUUAGUGACAAUGCCGAUAUUACAACCACUUUAACCAGAACUUUCAUAAUUACAGUCAGAGAGGGAGCUACUGCAACCAAAGUUGCUGACUGGUCUGGUUCUUCCAAUAAAAAGCCUACCUCUACUUUGUCACCACGGCUUAGCAUUUCCUCUGCUAUUCCUUCUACUUCUGCCGUUAUAUACCAAACUACUACUGCUGUAUUUUUAGAAAACAGUUCUUGCAGCAGUGACGGCAUUUUGAAAGUAACUUUAAAGGGUGGCAUUUUGACAGAUGGUAAGGCCAGAAUUGGUUCUAUUGUUGCCAACGGACAGUUCCAAUCCGAUGGUCCUCCACCACAAGCUGGUGGUAUCUAUGCUGCUGGCUGGUCCAUCACCCCGGAAGGUAACUUGGCUCUUGGUGAUGAAGAUAUCUUCUAUCAGUGCUCAUCUGGCAGUUUUUACAAUUUAUACGACGAGAAAAUUGGAGAGCAAUGUAGUCAAAUCUACAUACAAGCUGUUUCUUUGCUCAGUUGCUAA